GCUCCGGGUAGCCAAGCACCGCCAGUAGGUGGGAGAAAGGAAAGGUUCAGUUUAACCCCUCAAUUUGAAAAUUAAAAUUGGAAGUGGCAGAGGUUUUGAGGGUUUGAAAUUAUGGACAUGGAUGUUGAUGAACCAACCAAAGGCGAAGAAGAAAAGAAAGGAAAGCCCAUAAUCGUAGUAUUGAUGGGUGCACCCGGUAGCGGCAAGUCCACAUUCUGCGAACAAGUCAUGGGCUCCUCUGUUCGUCCCUGGGUCCGGGUCUGCCAGGAUACCAUCAAGAAUGGGAAAGCCGGUACGAAAGCUCAGUGUAUAGAGAGUGCGAGGAGUACAUUGAGGGAAGGAAAGAGUGUGUUUAUAGACAGAUGCAAUCUAGAGAAAGAGCAAAGAUAUGAGUUUGUGAAGCUUGGUGGUCCUCAAGUGGAUGUUCAUGCUGUGGUGCUUGAUCUUCCUGCUAAGCUUUGUAUCUCGCGGUCGGUGAAGCGAACUGGCCAUGAGGGGAACUUGCAAGGUGGAAAAGCUGCGGCUGUUGUGAAUAGAAUGCUGCAGAAGAAAGAAUUGCCGAAUCUGAGCGAAGGAUUUGGCAGGAUCACUUUUUGCCAGAAUGAGAGUGAUGUUGAAUCUGCCAUUCAUACAUAUAGUGGACUCGGUCCGUUGGAUACACUACCCCAUGGCACUUUUGGCCAGAAGAACCCGGGUGCAAAAGCUCAACUUGGUAUAAUGAAAUUCCUAAAGAAAACAGAUGCUCCUGCUAAUACUGAAUCGACUUCGAACAAGGUUCUGGAUUCCAUUGCUUUUCAAAUUACUGGGGUAAGGGAUACCAGUUAUAAAGGAACAGGUUUGUUUACUGAAAGAGGUAGUAUUUUUCGUGAAGGGAAUAAAGUUGCAGAUGGAUUGGCUAAUCAUGGUACGUCAUUAACUCAACUAGUGUGGUGGGGUGUGCCUCAUUCUUUUAUUUUGUCCUAUUGUAAUAGUGACAUUAUGGGUCUUCCUCACGGUUUUGCUAGGUUUGUUUAAUUGUUAGUUUGCUUCGAGAGGUUUUGGUUUUAUCCCCUUGUCUUGUUAUCUACUUUUUCUUUGAUUAAUUCAUUAGAGUGUUAGGGAGGUUACUCCUCUCUUUCACUC